GUGCUCCUUGAGACGGAGUCUGGUUGAACGUUCGGCACAAUGUACACACCUAUCUUCUAGACUAUCCUUUUUUUGUCGUUGACACACAUUAGCUUUCGACAUCACAGCUUCCUUCGCUCGUCUUACCAUUGGCAGACAGACUCAAGACAAUCAACCAGCAUCAGAGGGAGGACGAAGCAUGUCAUGGGAAGGGAAAGAGCGAUCACUACGUGUCCUCGAGCGCGACGAGUCAGGACAUCUCAGGCGUACGACAUUCGGGUCGGAUGGCAAGCAGUACAAAGCAAGCGGUAGAUAUAAUCUCCGGGACGAGCUUGGCUUGCGUGUCCCCUCGCUCGACCGUAUACGCCGCGUUCUGGUAGACCUCUUCCUCCCUGCGGGAUACCCAGCAAGCGUGACGCCUGAUUACCUCCCAUACCACGCAUACAACGCCCUCCAGGCAUUCUUCAGCUCCCUAGCGGGGCUCAUUGCCUCGAGAGGCGCGCUUCAAGGCGUCGGCGUCGGCGACGCCUCUGCUACAGCAACAAGCGCCCUCCUCCUAACCGUCCUCCAAGACGUCUUCGGCCGGAUAACCACAAUCAGCGCCGCCUACGUCUUCGGCACCUCGCUCUACCCAGAAACCAAAACCUUCCGGCUCGUCGCAGACCUCGUCAACGACGCGUCGAUCGUGCUCGACACGCUCUGCCCGCGCCUCUCCCUCUCUUUCCUUCACACCUUCCUCCUCGCAAUCUCUCUGUGCGCCUCUGCGGCGCUGCGCGCGCUGUGCGGGCUCGUAGCGGGCGGGAGCAAGGCGGCGCUGACGAAUCAUUUUGCGUGCACUGUACCUGCCUCGACCGCUGCAGGAGGAGAGGCGGUGGUAGCGGGCGAUGUGGGCGAGCUGAACGCGAAAGAUGCGAGUCGGGAGACGGUCGUUGGGCUGUUUGGGAUGCUGCUAGGCACGCUCCUUGUCCCGCGGCUCACCUCCGUGCGCGCGACGUGGCUCACACUUGUAUUUCUCAUCGCGGGCCAUCUGCUCGCCAACUACCUCGCCGUGCGCAGCGUCUCGCUCCGCACACUGAACCGCCAGCGCGCUGGUAUACUAUGGACAGCUUGGGCAGCGCGCAUGCGCGAGCGGGAGGAUGCGGAUGACGUCUCGCCGUCUAUCUCAAGUCUGGCUAAGGCGGGCGGACAGCUUGCGCUCACGCCUGCCGAAGUUUCUCGGCGAGAGCGGAUUCUCGCUCUCCCGGGGACACUGCGCGAUGCCCGAGGCCACUCGAUCGGGUACUGCGAGCUCGGUGCCUCCGUCUCCCGGGUCGUUGCGCGGGGCGGGGCGGAGAACGUCCGGCGGGCGCUGCAGUCUUCGUCAGACGCCAAGUUCGCGAAGGAGCGGUAUAUGCUGUUUGCACUGCCGCGUCGUCGCGUUGAGAGCAAGGUCGAACUGACCGUGUGCUUCAAGGAAGGCGCGACGCCGCGUGACCAGCUCAAGGCGUGGGCGCAUGCGCUCGAGGCUGCGGCGCGUCUGCGGGCGGCGUCCGUGUCCCCGGAUACAAAUACGGUGGUGGAGGAGGCGUAUGCGGCUGUGGAGGCUUGGUUUGCGCCGUUUAUGGAGGCGCUAAGCGGGGCGGGGUGGAGAGUCGAUGCGGAGGGGAUUAUGAUGGGGUCUAUUGGGGCGACGGUGCUUGGGGUUGAGGGUGACGCGGUGGAUGACGGGGUGGUGCUCGACGGGGAGGCGAAGGUGAAGCGGGAAUAGAACGAGCGUGGUCAUGGGUGACGCGAUGAUGUUCGUAGGGUAAGUUGGGAACGUGGAGGGCGCAGAGGCUGUCUAUAACAGUAGCGGG